AUGAUCCCUGAUCUCUUCUACGUGCAAAGCACAGGAUCGGCCAAUGGACCGUGGUCCCCUUUCCACAUUUGGACUAACCUUGUCUAUUCCCUCUUUCAGGAGUUCCACUCUUCUAGUCAAGCAGAUCGCGCCACUUUCCUGGCAUUUGUCUCUCAAGUGGACUCGUCCCUUCUUCACCGUUACCACUCCAUCCUAGAGCAAUUACAGGCUCUCUAUGCUCCUAUUAAUCCCGACCAGGACACACUGCAGGAGUUCUCUCUGACUGAUGCUGAGCGGUUAGCAAAAGAACAGGAAGUUUUGGCCAGGAUGGAUCCAUUGCUGGACCAGGCCAACUUCAACAGUUUGUCAGAGGAAACCCUGGCCUAUGCCCUUGUGGUCCACCAUCCUCAAGAUGAAGUCCAGGUCUCAGUAAAUCUGGAUCAGUAUGAAUACAUAAGAUUCUGGGCUCUUGGCCAACGGUUCGGACCACUGCGUGUGAUGACUACCCUUCAGAAUCAGAGGGGGUUCUUUGGCACACCUUGGGUUCCACCAGACAGACAGUACUUCAAACGGGUGGUGGUGGCUGCCCGGAUUAAGAAUGCUCACCUCAUGCUUAAAUGCUUUAAGGACAUUCCGCUGGAAGGCCUGGAGCAGUUGCUGCCCGCGAUCAAGGUCCGCACCUCCAUCUUCUACAGGGCCCUCCUCAACGGCAUGCUGAUAGUGAGCGGCUUGGCCUUCUUCGUCAACGUGGGCAUGGUGGUGCUUUCUGACCUGAAGAUCGGCACCACCUCCCUGCUGCUUUUCUUCGCUGCCUUUAUGGCCUUCCGGGCUUGGAAGGUCUUUGGCCAGCGCCGGAAUAUCCACUCCCUUGAGCUGGUGCACAUGCUGUAUUACCGCAGCACAUCCAACAACUCUGAGCUACUGGAUGCCCUUGUUCUGCGUGCCCAGGAAGAACAUGCCAAGGAGGUCAUCUUGGCACACAGUUUCCUCCUCCAGCUGCACCAG